CGCGCUUCCGGCGCAUUAGUUCCUUUUGCGCCUGCUCCUUGCCGGCCGGCCAACAUGGCUACCUUCGUGGAUAUCUUGAAGAAGGAGUUCCCGCAGCUGGACGCCGAACUCUUACAAUACGUUACCGAUGUCCUUGAAGGUGGCCACUCUGACUUUGAAUCAGAGAAUGACGUGUUUGAAGCUGUUGGGGAGAUCCUGCAGGAUGUAUCAGGAGAUACCAAAGAUGAUGACGAUAUUAGGGAUGUCUGCCUACGGUUGUAUAGGACAAUGUGUCUGGAGGACAACCAUGCCCCCUCAAAGAGUCAGGUGUUGUUGCAGUCUCCCAUACAGUUGAACCAGAUCUCUGACCAUUACGAUGUCGAUCCCCAAAUUGUGAAUGUGUUGUUAAUGAAGAAGGGUCAAACAUCGAGUGUUAAUGUGAAGAAACUGGAGAAAGCGGAAGCUAAGCUGAAAGCCAAGCUAGAGAAACGAACUGAGCGAGACACACACAAACCCUCUGGUCCGCUAGUGAUGGAUGAGGCCUCAGCUAGUCAGGCUGCCAGUAAGAAGGAAAAUCGCAUUGAAAACAGUGGGAAGAACAAGUCUUAUGAUAUCCGAAUCGAUAACUUUGAUGUGUCGUUUGGAGAGAGGGUUCUGCUGACUGGUGCAGAGCUGCAUUUGGCUGCAGGUCGCAGAUAUGGCUUAGUGGGUCGUAAUGGUCUUGGCAAGACCACCCUACUGAAGAUGCUUGCUAGUCGCAGCCUUCGUGUCCCUUCACACAUCAGCAUUCUACACGUGGAGCAGGAGGUGGCUGGAGAUGACACGCCGGCCCUACAGAGCGUACUUGAAUGCGACUUUCUGAGAGAGAGCCUCUUACAGGAAGAGAAGGCCCUAAAUGCCAAAAUCAGCUCUGGAAUGGGUGACGGUACGGAGAGCACACGACUGUCUGAGAUCUACAGCAAACUGGAAGAGAUAGAGGCUGACAAGGCCCCAGCCAGAGCUUCUGUGAUCCUUGCCGGUCUGGGAUUCAAGCACAGUAUGCAACAGCAAAUGACCAAGGAAUUUUCCGGUGGAUGGCGCAUGAGAUUGGCGCUGGCUCGUGCUCUUUUUGCUAGGCCAGAUCUUUUGUUGCUUGAUGAACCCACAAACAUGUUGGAUGUCAGAGCCAUCAUUUGGUUGGAGAAUUAUUUGCAGACCUGGCCUUCCACCAUACUUGUAGUAUCCCAUGACCGAAACUUCUUAAAUGCUGUGGCAACGGACAUCGUGCAUCUGCACAGCCAACGGCUUGAAGGAUAUCGGGGGAACUUUGAGAGCUUCAUGAAAACCAAGGAAGAGCGUCUGAAGAACCAACAGCGGGAGUUCGAGGCACAACAGCAAUAUCGUGAACACAUCCAGGUUUUCAUUGAUCGAUUCCGGUACAAUGCCAACAGAGCCGCCCAGGUGCAGAGUAAGCUGAAACUGCUGGAGAAACUGCCAGAGCUAAAGCCGGUGGAGAAGGAGAGUGAGGCAGUGAUAAGGUUCCCAGAUGGUUUUGAGAAAUUCUCUCCACCUAUCCUGCAGUUGGAUGAGGUCGACUUCUGGUAUUCUCCAGAUCGCCCAAUAUUCAAGAAAUUUUCUGUCUCUGCAGACCUGGAUUCUCGAAUCUGUGUGGUUGGAGAAAAUGGAGCUGGAAAAUCCACAAUGUUAAAGUUGUUGAUGGGGGAGCUGUCUCCAGUGCAGGGCAUUCGACAUGCACACAGGAACCUAAAGAUUGGUUAUUUCAGCCAGCAUCAUGUAGACCAGUUGGAUCUGAACUUUAGUGCUGUGGAAUUACUUGCAAAACGUUUUCCAGGUAAGACAGAGGAAGAAUAUCGCCACCAGCUGGGCAGUUAUGGCAUUUCAGGGGAGCUGGCAGUACGGCCAGUGGCAAGCCUGUCUGGAGGCCAGAAGAGCCGCGUAGCUUUUGCCCAGAUGACCAUACUAUGUCCCAACUUUUACAUUCUGGAUGAACCGACCAAUCACCUGGACAUGGAGACCAUUGAAGCUUUGGGCCGAGCUCUCAACAAAUUCCGGGGAGGACUCAUUCUGGUGUCUCACGAUGAACGUUUUAUCCGUAUUGUUUGCAAAGAGCUCUGGGUAUGUGAAAAUGGAGGUGUGACCCGUAUUGACGGUGGGUUCGAUGAGUACCGGGAUAUCCUACAGGAGCAGUUCCGCAAAGAAGGUUUCUUGUAGAGUCGACACUGUGUGCGUGUGCUUCUCACAUUUCUCCAUCCAUCUCCCCGCUCUGUGAGUGUUCUGUGCAUACUGACUGUCGUGUAUUGGGGAGCAAGAGGGGCUGAUCCAUCACCAAGAGACUGCCAAACUCCAUAUUUCCCAAGCAUCUGCUGGAAAUACUGCCGAUUCUACGUGUGAAAGCAAAAGAACUGUAUUUAUUUCCUAAACGGUGUGGAGGGGAGCAGGUUGAGUUUUAAAUAAAUUGAUCUUUGCUUUGCUGCAGAUUAUUUGCCCAGGUUAAUUAUUUUAGAAUUUACUGCUCUGUUUAUCUCGCCUUAAGAUUGGUCCUUGGUUUCCGGUCAGCUGUUAAUAGUAAUUAAUACAUUGGUUUGUAUUUUAUGUUUAUCAGAACAAGUACUUCACCCUGCCUUGAAGUGAAUCAAGACAUUGCCAUUCUAAUGCAGCAUCGCACUGCUUCCUUUCUACUCUGAUACGAUGCGUAAUCACAUCCGCUUUCCCUUCCCUACCUUUUGCUUAAAGCAGUGAUCAUGUAAUGAAGUUUAAAGGAAUUUUCCUAUAAAGAGCAUUAACUUGCAAUAUUAUUUUACAAUGGGAACAUGUAAAUUGCCUAGGAAAUGUCUCCAUGUCCUACUCCAAAGUAGGUAUCUUAACUCUUCUGUUGGACCGAAACCAUCCAGGUAGACAUGCGUGCGCUCGCUUGCCGUGUCCUUAGUACAUGCUAUGUCGCUAUGAUGUUCGGAUCUCUUACUUUGUGUUAACAUCCCUGUUUAGGGGGCUCCAUUUUGCACAGUAUUUGUUUCGGUGUGCAGCCACACAGCAAAGCAAUCCUGUGUUCCCUCCCGCUGUUAAGUUAUUGAUACUGGCAUGAGAUUUGAAGCAAGCUGUAAAUAAAAGAGCAGAAUCCCCUUCAAUUA